UUGACUGGACAGUGUCACUUGUCAGAAGUGAAUCAUUGUGAAGUGGAAUAUAUGACUGGCCUGUGCUUGCGUAUUAAUCUGCAUGUUAUAAGUUGUUGGAUUACUUUGUUAACUGAUCAUUAUGAGUGUGACAGUGCUUCACGACAAAGAACCCACAUAUUACAAAAAGAUAGUUGAACAGCCUGCCACCAAAGCAAUGUCAUUCUUAUGGAAAUGGGUCACUGAUUCUCUCAGUUGGUUAGGGUUAUGGAAGAAGUCUGGUCGGCUCCUCUUCCUCGGUUUAGACAAUGCUGGAAAGACAACCUUAUUACAUAUGCUCAAAGAUGACAGGAUGGCACAGCAUGUACCCACAUUACAUCCAACCUCAGAAGAGUUGUCUCUGGGUGGUAUAAAAUUCACCACAUUUGACCUUGGUGGACACAGACAAGCACGGCGAGUGUGGAAGCAGUACUUCCCAGCUGUUGAUGGUAUUGUGUUCUUGGUGGAUGUGUGUGAUCAUGAGCGAUUCCCAGAGGCGAAAGCUGAACUAAAGAGUUUAAUCGCUGAUGAGGAGGUGGCAACUGCACCUAUUCUAAUCCUUGGAAACAAGAUAGAUUUGAUCGACAAAGCUGCUAGUGAAGAUCAGAUUAAGCAAUAUUUUGAAUUAUAUCCGUUAUUGAGUGGGAAGGGCACAGUUAAAAGAGAAGAAUUAAAUACGCGUCCCAUAGAACUGUUUAUGUGUAGUGUUCUAAAACGCCAGGGUUAUGGUGAAGGAUUCCGUUGGUUGGCACAGUACAUAGACUGAUGAGCGAGAAUCUAGGACAACUCAAACUCUCAGAGGAUAUGAUUGGUAGAAAUAUUCUGGUUACAUUAUUUUACGAGGGAGGGUAUUCAGUUUACAUGUGUGAGAAUGGAUUAUGUCCACUUGUCUGGUUUGGACGAAGGGGAUUCCACUUGACAUUGUCUGAAUCAGAUUGUGCUGACUUGUUUGUUUUGAUGGAUCACACCUGUGUUCUGGGAAGAUCUGAUGAAUGGAUGCUCCUAGACGGGCCAAGUUUCCCUCUUCUAACUUGAUUCAUUCAUCAUCUGAUGGGUGUUACCUUUAUUAUGAGGACUCCGCCAACUACAAGGGAAUCGGUUCAUAGCUGGAGACAGUAAUGGAGUACUGUCCGAUAGGAGAACAUUACAGGGUCUUCUCCUCUUUAAACGACUGCAGAUGGCUUCUCUAAGUGUAUGAAAUGUAGUUUGCUCUUUAACACUGGCACUGCUAAACAAACAUUACCAACCCUAUCUAUAAUGUAUCUGAAGGGUCCCCACGACAAGGACACUUAUUUUAAUCUAUUCAGUCCUUGUGGAAACAAUGGUCAAUACUGCUACAAGGCUCAAAAUAAUCCUGUCUAAACCAAUCAUGACUUACAUUCAUGUGUUCUACUCUAAUUAGAUGAUCAGAGAUUUGGAAUUGAAUGGGGGUAAACGGGGUUGAAUUCAAUUUGCUAUGCAGUGUACAUGUUUUGUACAUGUACUAUGUUAUCUUGAGCCUUGGUGCAAAUUAUCCAUUAUGGCCGUACUGGUUUUAUUCCAUGGAAUAGAAGAGUGAUUUCUCACCAUGAUAUUCCAGAGGCAGCCUUGAGCUCCACUGUAGUGUCUUGUGCUGUUAUCAGGCACACUGCAUACUGCCCACUGUACAGAUUGGUCCUCAGACUUGGCAGAUGUGUUCCUGGGUGCAACCAUCUUUAAAUCUGCUAAUAAUUUGGAAGUCUCCCUUUAUGCCAUUUUUACCGUCAUCAAUCCAUUUAUGCCAGUUUGUUGUGUGUUUUUUAUGGAUUGUUCUGUAAUAGUUUAUUGGAAGAUGGUUUCUUCAUCCUGCUUCUGUGUUUGUCAGCAGUGUCACUUUCUACAUUGAAGAAGUUAACUUGAUCUACGAGAAGUAUGACAUGACAGUCGGCUUCUUUGUGAUUCUGUGAUGAUUUCUCUCAAGUCCCAGUGAUGGCUUGAUGUCUCACAUUUGAUGAGACUAGUGGAUGUUGCAUGUCCGGGCAAAACAGACAUGGUUCAGUCAAAGAUGUCAAAGGUACAGUUGAGAAAUCAGUCCAAUGUCCUUGUUUAGAAUAGAUGCAUUCUGUGAUGACUAUGAUACAUUCUGCCAAACAACCAGUCCACCUGUCUUCACAGCCAGGUGAUUCUUGACAGUUGAUAAAAUGGGAGGGAGCAGUCUUUCUGAGAUUCAGAGCCAUUGUACAUGUUGGUAUCUAUCAGAAGCAGUUUAUUUGUUAAAAGAAUCAUUUCCCAAUUAAGUCGAUGAGCACCUUGACUCGUCAUCAUUAUCAUCUUGAAAUGUGUUGUCAUUGAUAGCUCUGAUGGAAAAAGUUGCAUCCUAAUUCAUCGAGGUGACUGAAGACCUGGUUGAAUCAAAAAUAGUUGUAGUUCCAUGUUAUUUAGUGUAGAUUUCUAGGUCACCUGCCCACAGUCCCAUUCCUCUUAGGAAGGCUAGACCAGGUUUUGGCAUGAUAACAUUUUAAGAAAAUCAACUUAGUUUGGGAAAUCAUACAAAUUUGCAUGCAGAUUGUGAAAGAUGAUCAAAAUGUUUUCAUUUUCAUGUUCUGAGAAUGUAGCCAACAGCCCUGGACUCUAUAAGACAUUAUGUACUAUUCCAAACAUGAUUCUUCUCUGUGGUCAAACUAAACGAUGCUGCCACAUAGCACCAAAUCUUUCCUUUGGCUGGCACUGGAGUGGUCAAUUGAGCAGGGGCUCUGAUCAUUCCAUUAUCUUUGGGGAGUGCAAGUUUUCAAAUCGAUUAAUGCAUUUGACCAUUCGUGUGAAGUCUGGCCCUUAUUGUAGGUAGUUUAAAAAAUUUGUUGUACAUAAACUAAAUUGCUGCUUCAUAGGGCUGGUGACUUGAGAGAGUUUGCAUGUGGCUUCCUUAACACUCUCCUCUAACAGAAUCCAUGUGUGUUUGCCUCUAAUAUUCUUGUCACUACGCUCACAAUCACUGCUUCACAUCUAAAUCACAUUUGUUAUUUCCCUUAGAAAAAACAAUAAACAAUGCCAUCUCCAAAUGUGAUCCUCAGAUUAUGUUGGGUAUUUUGUGUAGCAGUGAUGUGAGCGUUGUGACUUGCUAACACUGUGAGAGGGUGGCAUCUCUGUUGUCAAUAAAAAUGCUUUUAGGUCAUCCAAUAAUUUAUCAUAACACGUGUAUUUUUACAUAAUGAGCUUAUUGUAAAGUCUCUUGUUGCCUUGAGGGAAUAAUGGAGGUGUGUCAAUGGAGAAAGGUUGCAAUUCUCAUGGAGUUGACGGAGUUUCUCCUUAUUCCUUCAGGUUUAAAGGUACUGUUAUCAUUGCAGCAAGAACUGCUCUCUUUAGUUCUUCACUCCUCCAAUUUUUUUCAGUUUGUGAUGUAAUGCAUUGCUCCGUUGUGAACUAUUAGACUAAUUUAUUGCUGGAAGUAGAGAGAGCAGUCUUGUAUAUUCUGUGGUCAUUGCAGUACCUAUAUGUAAUUGUAUCUAAUGAUAAGGGUAAGAUGAGGAAUGGUCUCUGGAGAUUGGUUUCUUCCAGUGUUGCAGUUCUUGUAGUAGAACCACUGCAUGUAGACAAACCACCUUCAGUGGGAAAUCUACACAUGUGCAAUACAUGUAUGUGUCAGCCCCUCCCCUGAGACGUUGCCUCAUGUUAUACAGAGCAACCGAUGGUACAUGUAUGUACUGUUGGUCAAAACAAAACCUAAGAUAUCUUGAUGAAUAGCCAGUAGCUUUCUAAUUGGUUAUUCAGUUAACAAUCAUACAAGACAAAUAAAAAAUAAAAGUUUGUUAAA